CCACAAACUCUCAGCCAAUCCCCUAUCGCAAUGUAGAACCGCAGUUAAGGCGCAUGCGCAGCUCCAAAAACCAGGCGGUAACCCCGAGAAAGGAGGGUCUCACUCGCACCCCAGUGUCUGUACCCGGAUACAUCCUUGUAACCAAUGAGCGAAUCGGAAUGUGCGCGGGGUGGAACCAAGGGUUGGUACAUCGGCAAGGCCACGACUCCGAACGCUCUCCCUGGGAUUGGCUAGCCUCAGACCCACUCUGAUUGGUGUGCGCCUGGCGCGGGUUCAGACAAACUGUCCUCGGCUUAGCGGCCAUCUGUAACUUCUAAGGCGCCAAUUCCCGUUAGCCUUCUUGGGCGUGGUGCCCUCUGAUUGGUUGGCAAGCUGCGUGGGCUCAGGCCCAGGGUGUUGGCCGCGGCCGUGCGAAGAGCCAGGAAAUCAGCAGGCUCUGUACUCAGUACAGUACUGUAUCAAGACAUGGAUUGGGACCAGUUUGACAUGAACCCCAAAGUGAUAGCUGCUGUUAAGAAAGCUAAUAUAAAAUCAAUAAAAGAGAUUUUGAAUCUUUCUGGAGCAGACUUGCAAAGGCUGACAAAACUGUCCAGUAUGGAUGUACAGUGCUUACUGAAAACAGUCUCUGGUACACUGAGGAAAAGCUGUGUGCUUACAGCACUUCAGCUGUACAAAGACAAAGAUCACAGCACAUCACAACACCAGAAACUAAGCCUGGGUUGCUCACUACUAGAUGGCUUAUUAAGAGGUGGCAUUCCUGUGGUGGGGAUCACAGAACUUGCUGGUGAGAGCUCUGCUGGGAAGACUCAGAUUAGUUUGCAGCUGUGCCUUUCUGUGCAGUAUCCUUAUGAAUAUGGAGGAUUAGAAUCUGGUGCUGUCUACAUUUGCACAGAAGAUAUUUUCCCAAAUAAACGCUUGCAGCAACUGAUUGAUCAACAGCAUAAAUUUAGGGCAGAUGUUCCACUUGAUGUCAUACAGAAAAUAAAAUUUGGAAACAGUGUUUUCAUUGAGCAUGCCGCAGACCUUGACACAUUCUACAACUGCAUUGCUAAAAGGAUUUCCGUACUGCUCUCAAGAGGCAUGGUGCGUUUGGUGGUCAUUGAUUCUAUGGCUGCUUUGUUUCGAUGUGAAUUUGGCGCAAAAGAUUCAGUUAUGAAAGCCAGAUAUCUGCAGACAUUCGGAGCAAAACUUCACAGUUUAAGCAGUAGAUUCAGAACGCCAAUACUAUGCAUUAAUCAGGUAACGGAUGCAGUGGAUGAGACAGAUGUUUCUCAGAGCAAUUUUGGCUUAUUGGAUAAGAAUGUUUCUCCAGCACUUGGGCUAACCUGGUCCAACCAACUGUUGAUGAGAUUGAUGGCCAGUCGAACAACACAAUCAGAACAGUCACCUGGAGGUGCAUUACAGCACACUGGAAGUGUUUUGAGGACUUUAAGUGUGGUUUUUGCUCCUCAUCUCCCUCAGUCCUUUUGCUGCUAUGCAGUAAAUUUGGAAGCCAAGCUCUAUGAUACAGCUGCAUUUGCUCCAACCCCUCAGACAGAGACAAACACCUACAAGAUCUCUAUCAAGCAUUCUUACAACUACAAUACUCACCUGCUGAAGUGAAGAAACAGAUUGACAGAGCCAGAAGAGUACCCAGAAGUUACCUACUACAGGACAGGCCCAACAAAGAAAAUAACAGAACGCAACUAGCAGUCACCUUCAGCCCCCUCUCCAACGCAUCAUCAAGGAUCUACAGCCUAUCCUGCAGGAUGACCCAUCACUCUCACAGAUCUUGGGAGACAGGCCAGUCCUUGCUUACAGACAGCCCCCCAACCUGAAGCAAAUACUCACCAGCAACCACACAACAAAAACACUAAUCCAGGAACCUCUCCUUGCGACAAAGCCCGUUGCCAAUUUUGUCCCCAUAUCUAUUCAGGGGACACCAUAAUAGGGCCCAAUCACAUCAGUCACACUAUCAGAGGCUUGUUCACCUACACAUCUACCAGUGUGAUAUAUGCCAUCAUGUGCCAGCAAUGCCCCUCUGCCAUGUACAUUGGCCAAACUGGACAGUCUCUACGUAAAAGAAUAAAUGGACACAAAUCAGACAUCAAGAAUUCUAACAUUCAAAAACAUUACAUUCCCUCUUAUCCCAGUGAUUUAAUACCUCUUUGAAAUUACCCCACAGCACAGUCAAUUAGUAGUCCUUAUUUGAACAUCCAAAUAUAGUCCUGGAUCUUGCAGGUUACAACAGUUUAUAAUAAUUUUCUUGAGCUUUCUGCACCCACAAAAAGAAAGUGAUUCUAGAGUUUAAAACAAAAAAACCCUCCACUGUUCACAGUGAAGCACUUAUCAUACAGUCAAAUAAAGUCAAUGUUUAAGAGAA